UCUCCCGCAUAUUUUACUCGCCGCCCGCCCGCAGCGGUCACCGCCCCUCUCCCUCUCUAUUGUCUGUUAUCCCGAUUCUCGAAGGAAGAAGGGGAUACGCGCAAGAAACCGCGGCCCAUUCCUUCCCGCGCGGGUCGUCGCGGCGGUCAAAUCCGGCGGCGGCGGCGGAGGCCGGAGGAGGGGCUGACCGGGCCGGCGUCCGGUGAGAUCCUUCGGGCUCCGGGUUCCCACCCCCUUGUGGCUGUGGGUGGGGGGAGAUUCUUCGCGCGGGUGGGCGCUGGAUUUGGAUGAGAGGAGCGCGUCGGCGGGAUGGGCACCCCCUCGCAGGGUUCGGCGGCCGUGGCAGCGGCUGGGGUCGACCUCUGCGCGCUCGACCUGGUGCCCGUCUUCGCCAAGGAGAUGAUCGCCGGCGGCGUCGCCGGCGCCUUCUCCAAGACCGCCAUCGCGCCGCUCGAGCGCCUCAAGAUAUUGCUGCAGACUAGAACAAAUGAGUUCAGUUCUCUUGGUGUUGUCAAAUCAUUGAAGAAAUUGAGACAGCAUGAUGGAGUUUUGGGCUUUUACAAGGGAAAUGGUGCUAGUGUAUUAAGAAUUGUUCCUUAUGCUGCAUUACAUUAUAUGGCGUAUGAGCGAUACAGGUGUUGGAUCUUGAACAACUGCCCCUCACUUGGGUCAGGACCCUUAGUAGACCUUUUAGCGGGAUCAGCAUCUGGAGGAACCGCAGUUUUGUGUACUUAUCCCUUGGAUCUGGCCAGGACUAAACUUGCCUUCCAGGUCAAUAGUUCAGACCAAAUCAGUAGUGGUUUGAAGAGGGCAAGAUCUCAACCAAAAUAUGGAGGAAUAAAGGAUGUUUUUAAAGGUGUUUAUUCAGAAGGUGGAGUGCGAGCUCUCUAUCGUGGAGUAGGUCCAACGCUCAUGGGAAUACUUCCUUAUGCUGGUCUUAAAUUCUACAUAUACGAAGGGCUGAAGGUACAUGUACCUGAAGAUUAUAAAAAUUCUGUCACAUUGAAAUUGUCUUGUGGUGCUGCUGCUGGAUUAUUUGGGCAAACUCUAACUUACCCACUAGAUGUUGUCAGGAGGCAGAUGCAGGUUCAGAGUCAGCAAUACCGUGAUCAAUUUGGUGCCCCACAGAUAAGGGGUACAUUCCAGGGUCUUAUGGUUAUCAAACAAACACAAGGAUGGAGGCAAUUGUUUGCUGGCUUGAGCCUCAAUUACAUCAAGGUGGUACCCUCUGUUGCUAUUGGUUUUACUGCAUAUGAUACGAUGAAGAAUUUGCUCAAGAUACCUCCCAGAGAGAAGCAGAUGUCAGGUCAUGGUUCAACAUGAAGUUUCUAUCCAUCCAUAAGGAAGUCGCUACGGAGCAAGGUUCUUAUCUAAAGAUAUUGUGUGCCAUUUGUCAAGCCACAAUUGUAUAAAGCCUGAGGUUCAAUCCUGUCAAAUAGUAGUUGCGUUAACAGCUUACAUAUUCUUUCGAUUCUUUGUUCUCAUUCAUUACAUCCACUGGAUGUGGAAUGUUGUAAACCUGUAGGAUCUUACCAAGGUUUUGAAACUCAAAUACGGGCUUUCCCUAAAAUCUUGGCCCAUUCCUCCAGAGCUGUUCAUUAAUAUUGUUUUUUUUUUAUGCCAAGGGUUUUCAGUUCCUCGUCGUCAAGGAUGGAUUGAUACGAAUGUACAGUAACAUGUGUAAAAAAAAUGGCUAAUAUUGUCUAGCAUCACAAACUAGAGGUAUUGUUUGCAGGAUUUUUCAUUGUUACUCGUAGCCCCGUAGAUCCUAGCCAUGUAGAUGGGUUAGUUGAUUCUCCUGAAUGUAAUUUGACGUUGAGCUCAGUUUGGUUGAAAUCCAUCCGAGAAAAAGAAAAACAGAUGCCAGUGUCUAUUAUUGGUUCAAU